AUGUUAGUAUUAAUUCGUCAUUCGCCUUUAGUGAACGUGCCGCGCCGUCUGCGCGCUCAACGGCUUUUGUCGUCUGUGCAUUCGAAAUUCAAUCGAUAUAUUUACUACCAAGUGCAGUGCCGGCUUAAAACUUUAGACAUAACUUAUAUUUUAUUUAGUGUAUGGUACGAACAAUGCCCUCACAUGAAACCUGAAAGGACUGAAUGAAAACAAACAACUGGAUGCCGGCGGGCAAUUAAGAUACUUGUGGAUAGUUUGAGUGAGGUCGGAUGGGUGCUCCGGCGUGGGGCUCCCGCGGCGGCGGCGGCGACCGGCCGCGGCUGCUGCGCAUGACGCCGCUGCGACACAGCUUCGCCGCGCCCGCCUCGCCACCCGCCCAGCCGCCGCCCAGGCAUCAUGACUACGCUUCUGACGCUGAUACCAAUAAAAAAGAUGAGGGCUGGAACGCGAACCUGUCUCAAAGAUGGCGCAAGCUUCGGCGACGCUGCUCGCGGCUGCGGCCCGGGUCCGGCGCGCGCGACGCGAGCCCCGCGCGCGCCUCGCCCUCCCCGCCGCGCCCGCCGCCGCACUGCUCGCCCGUGCCGCCCGCCAAGCUGUCCUUCCGCCACCGCGGCAAGGUCUACACCACCGCCUCGCUGCGCGUGACCAACGGCGCGCCCGACCUGCUGCGCGCGCUGGGCAAGCUCGGCGGCGGGCUGCGCCGGCGCGCGCUGUCUGCGCACGACGUGCUCACGCCGCCCGCGCAGCAGCCGGCCACGUUCUACGUGCCGAGCCCCGCCGGCAGCGUACGCCUGCCGCCCACCCCCUCCCCGCCGCGCCCCGCCGCCGCGCUGCGCCGCCGCUGCAGCUCGCCCAACGUCUACCGCAACAAGGCGUCCCCGCGCGACCGCGCGCCCCUCAUACCCACCGACGACGAGAGCAGGGACGUCGUGGACUUCACCUACAUUCCCGAACGGAGGAAAAGUAACAGCGAGGGGAGGAAUAGGCGACCGUAUAGUGAAAAUGUGGAUCUUGAAGCUCCCUUGUACAGAAAUGGGUACAGUCGACUGAAUGGAGACCGUAUCGAAAAUAGUCAGAGCAUAUGGGAGGAGCCUUAUAGGUUGCCGCGGGUGCAAGUGCGGCAGGACAAGGCCGAGGGGCUGCAGCAGCUGCGGCGCGGCGUGGCGGAGCUGACGGUGAGCGCGGCCCCGCGCGGCAUGCGGCCCCCGCCCGCGCCCCCCGCGACCCCUGCGCACGCACAGCGACCCCCGGCUCCUGAACCAAGAGACGGUGUACAUACAUUUGAGGUACGAUUUACAAAGUCGGCAGGUGGGAAGGGCCUCGGCUUCAGCAUCGUGGGAGGGCGGGACUCGCCUCGAGGCAACAUGGGCAUCUUCGUCAAAACUAUCUUCAACAACGGCCAAGCCGCUGAGUCCGGAUUGCUAAGAGAAGGUGACGAGAUAGUGUCAGUGAACGGACGUCCGACGGCGGGCCUGACGCACGGCGAGGCCAUCCGGCUGUUCAAGGACGUCCGGGCCGGCCCGGUGCUGCUGCGGGUGGGGCGGCGGGCGCCCUCGCGCUGACUGCCCUGCGCCUGCUGCGGGGAUGACCCGCAUCAGGCGCCAAAUGACACACACAAGCAGUCUGGAAACACCUCUUAACCCUGCAAUGGGUUGAAUGGAUGGCACAUUUAGAAAUAUAUAACCCUUUAAGUUAGGGGUACUUACAGGAGGAAUGUGACCGUGCCUGAUUAAGGGUUAAAGACUUUCAGAGAGAAAGGUAGGAUUCGUAUCGUAGUAUCCGUGGGAUUUGCGGCAGUGCACUAGGUGUUUGCAACGAAUUACGAUGAUUCAGAUAAGAUAAAUGAUAUGAGGUAAGAGUCAAAGUAAAGACUUUUUGCUAAAUAUGUAAAGUGCGAUUCGUAAAAUCUAUGUGACUUAUGGAAGCCUUGGGUAUAGUCUGAAUUCGAAUAUGUUACGUUGGUAAAAUAAGUUAAGUACUUAUCUCAAUUCCUUUUGAGAAAUAAACGCGAGUUAUAGACUCUAUCGCAAACUUUGAAGCCAUGAGAUGUACAUCGUGAUUGCUUAAUAGUGACUAAAAUGUAAAUUACCUAUAUGUUUAUUUUAUAGUAAACACCGGAAACCAAUUUAGGUAUAGGUAUAGUCAUAUUUUGUAUGAUAUACUAAAAUCAAUGCAAACUAGAGUGUUUUCUACCUUAUUUAUAUUUUUGUAUACCUUGGUACUGUAAAUACAUAAAAGAUAAAUUGACUGCUACUCCUAGGAGACCUUAUUUAAUAGUAGGCUUUAGCGUAAUGUCAGUUGCACAAUUUUAAUAAAUAUUCUGUGAUAAAAUACAAAAAGGAAUAUCAUAUAGGAUCAUAAUUACUUUUCAGUUGACUCUGGUUUCCCCCCAAAACGUAUCUUUUUUACUUUUCAGUUGCAAAACCGGAAGUAGAAGCAUACAUUAAUGUAACCAUUAUUUCGACACUCCUUGAUCAUCAACUCAUUAUGCAUAAAUGCCGUAAUAAAAACUGUUUACUUCUUCUAUAAUCUAUACUAUAAGAUUAACAUGAUUUGUUAGACGCUUACAGGAAGGUACAUUAAUUAUUCCUAUUUUUAUACUGUAACCAACUUGAUACUAUUGUUUUAUGUACGAGUAUUCUGUAGAAUGAGCGCAUUAGAGCCAUGAGCGUUUUGUAGUG